AUGUUCAUGGUUAUCAUAAUAUUUCUCUUGAUCUAAAGUAGAAUAACAAAGAUUAACUUUUGAAAGUCUGAAAUAUGUGAACUGUUUCUUUGGAGAAAGUAUUCCAAAAAAUUAGUAAAUACUUCAAUACAAAACUAAAAUGAGUGUUCAUACCUACAUCAAAAAUAAAUUGCUGAAUUCAUAGGAAUGUGAAUAGCUAAAUUGAAUUUGAUCCCAACAUUAUUUCAUAAAAGUAAGUGUUUAGCUGUACCUGUUUUUUAAUGAAAAUUUUUAAAGCAGAUUUAAUUUAUAUUGAUGAGAGAAAUGUCAUCAGUAGAUAUUUAGAAGAUAAUUUUCCAAAAUGUUUUACAUGGCUCAGGUGUCAUUGAAUUAUGUCACAUACAGUUGGGUUUUGAACAAAAUAAAGCAAUUAUGGUUUAUUUCCCUCCUGACCAUUAAUUUCCUGGCCCUUGAUAGGAAAAAAACAACAACAAAAACCUGUAUGAGUGGAAAGGAACUACAUAACUGUGAUUUAUUUAAGUAGCCACAUUUUAUUGCAAUAUAUUUUCAGUAACAUUCUAUGCAGAGUAAGAUGUAGAAAUAAAAUAGUAUAUUUGUCCAUUGUUACUUUAUGCUUACAUAAGAAUACAAUAAAAAUAAAGAGCUUUUUGCUUUUUUAUAAGGGUGUUUACUUACCAUCUCUUCUAAGCAAUGAUGUUUUUUUAUCGCUUUAGAAGAAAUCAUUUUAGGAGACUAAAGUGUUCUUUGUGGUGAUAUGGUUUGUGCUUUCUUUUAUGCCUGUGAGCCAUCUGGAAGCCACAUUUGAGUGUUUAAUGUCCAUGCACUGCCCACAGUUUUGAAUGCUUUUGUAUCUCUUCAUCCAUGACCCCAGGUCAUUCACUCACGAAAAAGCCACUAGGUUAAUUACUGCCUUGGUUUGCACCCACCUCGGCAAAACCAGCUCACAAGAAUGACUGGGAAGACUCUCAUAAGUGAGGGGACUCCCGGAUUCUGUGAAAUAUGGCACCUGGAUGACGAUGGAUUGCCGCACGGGUUCUGCACGGUCACCUACUCCUCCACAGACAGAUUUGAGGGGAACUUCGUCCACGGAGAAAAGAAUGGACGCGGGAAAUUCUUCUUCUUUGACGGCAGCACCCUGGAGGGGUAUUACGUGGACGAUGCCCUGCAGGGCCAGGGCAUUUACACCUACGAGGACGGGGGAGUUCUCCAGGGCACCUAUGUGGACGGAGAGCUCAAUGGUCUGGCCCAGGAGUACGACACAGACGGGAGGCUGAUCUUCAAGGGACAGUAUAAGGAUAACAUUCGGCACGGCGUGUGCUGGAUAUAUUACCCAGAUGGAGGCAGCCUGGUAGGGGAGGUAAACGAAGACGGGGAGAUGACUGGAGAGAAGAUAGCCUAUGUGUACCCGGACGAGAGGACCGCUCUGUACGGGAAGUUCGUUGAUGGGGAGAUGCUGGAAGGAAAACUGGCUACCCUGGUGUCUACGGAGGACGGCAGGCCGCACUUUGACCUCAUGCCUGGAAGUUCCGUGUACCACUUCGACAAGUCGACUUCAACUUGCAUUUCUACUAAUGCUCUUCUUCCAGACCCGUAUGAAUCAGAGAGGGUUUAUGUUGCCGAAUCUCUCAUUUCCAGCGCUGGAGAAGGACUGUUUUCAAAGGUCGCAGUGGGACCUAACACUGUUAUGUCUUUUUAUAAUGGAGUCCGCAUUACACACCAGGAGGUCGACAGCAGGGACUGGGCCCUCAAUGGGAACACCCUCUCCCUCGAUGAAGAGACGGUCAUCGACGUGCCUGAGCCCUACAACCACGUGUCCAAGUACUGUGCCUCCCUGGGACACAAGGCAAACCACUCCUUCACGCCAAACUGCAUCUACGACAUGUUUGUCCACCCCCGCUUCGGGCCCAUCAAGUGCAUCCGCACGCUGCGCGCCGUGGAGGCCGACGAGGAGCUCACCGUGGCCUACGGCUACGACCACAGCCCCCCGGGGAAGAGCGGGCCCGAAGCCCCCGAGUGGUACCAGGUGGAGCUGAAGGCCUUCCAGGCGGCCCAGCAGAAGUGAGGGCCCAGGCCCGGGGCCCCGGCGGGCGGGCCGGGAACGCGGAUCUAUGCACCAGGUUCAUCCAACCACGGGACAACCAGGGACGGCUCGUGCUGUGACGUCACACAUCCUCUGGCUCCGCGGCCCGCCGCCGCCACCCUCGCGCACACUGACUAGGUUUGACUGUAUUACUCUCGCCAGAUUUAAAAUUAGCUAGCCCUGCCGCAGCGCCCUGCCCAGAGGCAUCGUGGAGGGAGCGCUUGACAUAGACAGCAGGAGGCUCUUGGGUGGUUCGAGUCUAAAUCUGGACCACACUGUGAGAUGCCAAACGAUUCGACUGAAAAAGGGAAAGGGGGGUUUUUUGUGUCCUUUUUAGCCAGUGGUUUUUCCAUGAUGUUUUUUUUUCCCCCCCCUCCCCGCGAUGGCCAAUGUAACGUGUGCUGUCAUCGCGCCUGCCCAUGGGCCAUAUGGAGGAUAGAGAAUUACUACGUUUCUAUUCUCUACGUGUAGGAUAAUUUGCCUUUUAACCUUUGAUCUGUAUCUUGCAAUAGAAUGGCUUUGUUUUUCCCCCUUAGCGAACAGAAGCCCAGCUUUGGGUCAUUUCGCCCCUCAGUCCUGUUCCCUUAGAUACCUUCCACAGGGGGAGAACUCCCACGUGGAUUCUUGUGUCAGUGCCAGUGUGUAGGUCUCUCUGGCUCUUUCUAGAUCAUCGUUUCAUGAUUAUGUCCUAAUAUUCAAGAACCGGCUCAGAGAGCCGGGGCAUUAUUAUAGAAUUUAUUAUUCUCGCAUGUAAACAAAGAUAACCUUUGCAUUAAGAUGUGGGAGGAAAGAGUUUACUUUUUUGUUCGCAUUAAGUUAUGGAAGAGUUGUAAUAUAUACACACAUAUAUAUUUUUUUUAAGAAAGAAGAGAGGGGAAAGUAGUAUUUCUAAGCAGUAGCUGUGGCAAUUUUUGCAAUAUCUUCAGUAGCGUUAGUGAUUCCUUUCUCUGGGCACACACAUUAAAUGUACAUAACGCAGAGCAGGCUGGCUUGUGACACGGUGCACUGAAUUCAGGAGCCAAACGGCAGGCUUGAAUUUCUGACACAGAAUUCACAAGUUGUCCUGGUUUUGUUUGUUUUUUUUAACCGCUACUGUUAAGAGAGACAUACUGAUCACUAGGUACAAAUCAACCCUUAGUGCUAAAACUCUUCAUCGUUGUGGUUUCAAAGCACUUAACCCGCUUCAGAGCAUUGUGAAUUAAGAACAACACCUGCAUAGUUUUAAAGCAACAAUAUCAAUAGCAUUUCAGCCUUUUUGCAAGCCAUGUGUAAUCACGACUGCAGGAAUGAGGAGAGGGAAAAAAACACCUGUCUUUAGUUUAGCUAAUUAGGUAUAUAACAUAACCGGGAUCGCUCUGACGGAAUUCGGAGAGUUUGGGGUUUUUGUGUCAGCGAGGUCUUCCCUAGGCGCCCCCACAGGGUGGCUGGGAGGUCUGCCUGGGAGGCCUGCCGAGCAGCAGCGACUCGAUGGGCAGUUGUCACCUGACCAUUUGGGUCCCGAAAGCUGAAAGUAGCUGGUAGUGAGCUCUGGCUGAGGAGAGCGGGUUUGCUGGGAGGAAGACAAGAGCGAAGAAACCAGCAGAAGACAGUCUGAUAGUCCUUAUCCGCUACGCACAGCUCUCUCUGGAAGAAUUACACAGAUGUGCCUGACCCAGGCUCUCACAGCUUUCCGUGCAGGCAGCCCCCAGGGGCACGGGCCUCAGCCCUCCAGAUGGUGACAAAAGCCUCCUGUGUGCCUCCUGCGCUGGGCGGCACGGUCUCAGGGAGAUGGGCUGAUGGUCCACAGGAGAGAGGCUUCAGGGCUGCCAGAGAGAUGCCUCACCAAGGACCGAAGAGAGCUUUCAGGUUCAAAGGCACCAGGAUAGGAUCGCUCCUAUCCUGUAGAAAGAGGCGGCUCUGUCCACGGUGACAGGCAGGCAGCCUUGGGACUUGCGUUCUGAUAGGUGCUUUCCUUCCCACGGGUCCCCCGAGAGGGGUGUUGGUGGGAGAGAGGCGGCCUUCAGGAAUCCCAGUGUGCUGUGCAGUGGAGUCAGGUCAGGGAGGGAGGCCAGGGAGAGGAUGGCUGGGUCGCACCCGGAGGCAGCCACACUCUGAAGGAUUUCAUUCCUAAGACUGCAAGAGGGUGUAAUUUCUGUCCUCGUGGGCUACCCUGAUUACCCCAGGCAAACGGGAUUUUUCUCCUUUUUAUUUUUUUAUGAAGAGCUGUAAGUAAUGACUAACCGACCAGUUCAUUAGCUAUUGGACGGUAACACUCUGCAUCUAAAGCCAGCGGGGAACAAACCCAGCAGGGCCUCUCUCCCUCUUCCUCCCCCACCGCCCCUCGCUGUCUGCUGGCUCUUCUCCUUCCUCUUUCUCCCUCUGUGGCCAGGCCUGGGUGUCUGUGCGCCCCUACACCCCCAACCCGCCUCCCGCUCUCUGCCUCCCUCUCCUCUGUGCUCGCAGCUCCUCCCUCAGGUCUCUCUGGCUCUGAGCACCCUCUGUUCCAACCGGCCCCUGCCCCCGUCUGGUUCUCCAUCUCUGAAAUCCUUCAGAGUGCGGACCUCUCUUCAUUGGCUCUGUGUCCCCUCUGGCUCUGUCGCUCACCUGCCCCACACGCACACACCCUUCUCCCCCAGAUGUGAGGCUUUGUCACAGGGUGGGGGUUGAGGGGGCUGGGGUUCACUGAGACCUGGAGGGAGGAAAAGAAGUCAAGGGAGCUGACAGUCCCUAAGGAAGUAACCGGUGGGUUAGGGAGGGUUGUUCCCGGUUGGAGCGAGUCUGAGGGGAAAGCCUGCCAAACCCUUACAUCCUGCGGAAGGAAAUGUGUCAGGGAGCUGGCAGUGUCCUCAGCGUCACAAUCACAGCAGGAAUGGGGAAGCGUCCAUGGCGAGGGGAAUAAAGAAGUCACUUUUUGCUCCCCGGAACCCGGCGGGUGUCUGUGGCUGUGCAGCCCGCCAGGCCACGAGGGGAUUCGCUCAGAGCCUCUCAGUCCGGCCCCUGCAUGACCAGAACUUUCCUUAGCAGCUUUUCUGUGGUGAAACGUUAUCUUGUGUUACUUAGGAAUAGGAACUGAUCCGUGGGAGCAUGUCCCCAAACGGACAUUGGGACCGACCGACCGACAGAAACAACUGUAAGAACUGAGUUUCCGGUGCAAAGAAAUGACAAGCAGCCGGCCCAGAAUGCUUGCGUUCUGUAGGGCCUGUUCCUAUGUCCACAGCUUCCCCCCUGGUCUGCCUGAGCAGCUGAGAAGGAAUCCCUUACCCAGGGCCUCUGGGAAUCUGCCGGGGGCUGCGGUCAAGCUUCUCCGCCCUCUGGAGGUUCUUCAUGCUCCUCCAGAUUUCCUUCCCACCAACCCGCUGAGAAGGCCCAGGUGGAGGCCAUGGGCUGUGACUAUUACAAUGGCAGGAGCUGUGGACAGUGGACUCUAGGGUUAUCUUCCCAAGUGAGACAGAGGUGGCACUUUAGGAACUUCCUUUAACAGAGAAAAGUUUAAGUCACUCAACUGCAAAGUGCAUUUACGAUCUUCCAAGAAGGUAAAGUUUUGGUUUGCUUUGUUUUAAAGCAGUUGCCUCGUGUUUCUGUCUUAAGGGCAGUCAGUGAUUUAAAAUCGGACAUUUUUCCUUUAAGAAAAAAUGAGCAAAGCGAUGUUGCAAGACCGAUGAUUGUGAUGUUUCUUUGCCACAGAUCAAAGGUUCACAAAAAUCCGUUAAAUCUACGUCUCCUGGUGGAGGCACCUUGGUAGAUUGGGGAUUUGUUUGUUUGUUUUUCUUUGAUCUUUCCCGUUAGGGAUGGGGGCCUCGGUGUACCUUCUUCAGUUUAAAGAUUCUAAAUUGUAAUCGUUCUGUUUUGGCAAACGUGUGCAUAACAGAUUCAGAGCAAUGAAGCGAUUUCAAGCCAUACAACCACCAGGGUGGGAAACCCUUUUCACAAAUUUUAAUGUGUUUGUAUGUAAAUAGAUGUUUGUAUGAACUAUUUUCAUGGUAGAAUGAAUAUAUUUAAAUGAAGCUGAAUUACUCCAGUGCUGUUUAAACAAAUUACAAAAUUAAUUUUUUUGGUGAGAUUUACCUGAGUCUAUUGAGAUACAAUGCAGAUCAAUUUUGAUUUUUUUUUUUUUUUUUAAAUCAAAAGCCUACGGCUAACUCUGACCCGAGGCAGCUUCCCUGCGUGGUUGCACCUGACGCGGAGAGAGCUUGUAGGCUUCCCCAGUGCCUCCGCCGCUUCCUGGUGUAAGUUAGGUGCUCGUGGAGGUGUGUCCGCCCCCCAGCGACCUCACCCCUGGCCCCUGGGGCCUGCGGGGGAGUUCCAGGCAUUAGAGACACUGGUGCAUUUUAUCCAGAGCACAAUUUUUUUGCAGGGCAGCAGAAUCCGAAGCCAGACGUGGCCGCGUGCACCUCCGAGCGGGGUUUUCCGGCCGCCAUCCACCGCCACCCUUACUGCCUAAGUCACACACGUCAGGGAGGCUGCCCUCAGUGGAGUUGGGGCUCAGACCCCGGGGUGGGACUUCACGGCUUUGCGAGCAGCGCCGGCCCCCCCUGACCUCCACCUCGCAGAGAGGAAGGAGGCGGGCGCGGCCGGGCAAGGGGCCCCUUUCUCAGCACAGAACAUUUCCUGUCUCAGCUCUGGGAGACUGACUAUGCACGUUCGCACCCGACUUCCAGCCAGAGAGAGACGCCCUCGGGUAACACCAACCCCUGCUUCCUCCGUCUGUGAAUCCGAGACCAAGACCAGUCACACCCUUGGGUAUACCCCCCAGCCCUUCGGAUGCUUAUGUCACUAAAACACUCCUUUAUAAUGAUUUUCAACUUGAGUGGGGGUUUUCUUUUUCCCCCCUGCUUUGGUCCUGGAUAUAAUGGCAUGAUCCGUUUUAUGAAAAAAAAAAAAAAAAUGUCACUGUGCAUAUUAGCAAUAUGUCCACACACGCCACUGGCGUGGUUACGUUUUGGGUCACUGUAAUUAAUCUCGAUUCAUGGACUAGGAAAUACAGGGACUACGUGAUGCCCGCGUAUCACCGAAGAACUUAGGUUCCUGGUUCUGCGCUCCCUGCUUCGGAAGUUUAUCCUCCUGGUUCUUCUACCUUCUCUCUUUAUUCCGAGAUGCGUUUAUGAGGUUGUGAGCUAUGUUUACGGAUUGGAAGCCAGGGGUACGCUUUCAGCAUUUGUUGCAGCCAAGAGUUAGCCCCACCACAGUUAAUGAGCAUCUUUGACUGGUCUUCUGUGGAAUUUGAACUAAAUCUAUGAGCCUUAUUCAAUAUCUAUAAUUCUAUGGUUUUUUAAAAUUAUGAGGAAUUAAUGAAAGAUGUUUACAUGCAUAAUGUUUGCCCUUACCGUGUGAUGAGUGAGUUUUUUGUAGUGUGUCUGGGUGCAUGUGCAAGAGAGUAGGAAAAAUGUUUCUGAAACAAAACUUGACAAAUAUUUGUAAUGAAAAGUAAACCUAAAGAUUGCUAUAUUAUUGCGCUAUAGAAACAAUGCAAGUAUUAAACAAAAUAUACAAUCA